CCAGACAAGAAAAAACCCUCGCUUUAUUGAUUCCGCAUCACCAUCUCUCGUCUCGCCUCGCGUUUCUUGCUGCUAGCGACGACUCCGAAACCUCGGCACCAAGACAAGUCGCGUCGCGUUCCUGAACCGGGCUUCGAUCCGACCAACUCCGAUGGAGCGCGAGAAGCGGCCGGCGUCGCUGCUCGGGACGCUCCGGACGGCGGUCAACAAGGUGCGCUUCCUGCUCUCCUUCCGCGCCACGCGCUGGAUCCUCACCUCCAUCGCCGGCCGGAGCCCCGGGGCCGCCGGCAACGCGGCCACGCAGCGCCGCCUCAGCUUCGGCUCGCGGCAGCCGAGCCUGCUCGACGCGGAGGACGACCGAAGCUCCCCUUCCACGUCCACGAGCGCCGGGCCGUCCAGGACGGCGAGCCUCGGGGCAACCACCGUGUCGCGCACCAGCAGCGCGGCCUACUCGAGGUCCGCCUCGUCCGGCGCCGAGACGUCGUCGUCUACCUCGGGCAGCGGGUCCUCGCCGGCGGGGGACGACGACAUCGACCGCCGCGCGGAGCUCUUCAUCGCCAACUUCUACAGGCACAUCCAGAUGGAGCGCCAGGUCUCGCUGCAGCUGCGCUACUGCAGGGCGGACAGCAUGCAGGACAGGACGCCUCCCAGGCUCAUCUGAUUUCAUUUCAUUCGAUUUGAUUUUAUUUCAUUUGUUUUCGUCCGCCGAUAUACCUACCGAUAUGGAUCUUCGUGUGAAAAUUCAUAAAUAGUGUAUGUGGAUUUAGAUGGAUGGUUUUUGUUCCAUCAUUUCUGCGAGUCUUAUGCUUGUUUUUUUAGUAUCUCCAACAGGAUUAAUUUGUUUUGUAAGAUGGAGAUCCGAGAGUGUAAUAAGUAGAAAUAAGGCAAUAACGACCAUCUCUUCGGUACCAAUUUUUAA